CCCCACACCCCCAGCACAACACUCACUCACACACACACUCACCCACACCCACACCUGUGAGGAGGCCUCUCCCGUCCCCUCCCCCGCCCCGCCGCAGUCCUGAGGAGCCGCCGCGGCCGGUGGGGAGGAGAGCGAGGCCUGUGUGGGAGCCGGGGCCUCGGGGACUGGAGAGGGGCCCGGCGGCCCGGCCCUAGCCCUCGCCGCCGCCGCCGCCGCCGCCUCCGCCGCCGCCGCCGCUGCCAUGGCCCAGCAGCAGAUGACCAGCUCGGGCCCUGAUGGGGCCAAAUCCCUCAAGGAGCCGGUGGAGGCUUGGAUCACCCCGGGGGACAGUCCCAAACCUCACAACUGGGAGGUGGCCAUCUUCGGGCCCCCCAACACGCUCUACGAGGGCGGCUACUUCAAGGCUCAUAUUAAAUUUCCUAUUGACUAUCCAUAUUCACCACCUACCUUCAGAUUCCUGACCAAAAUGUGGCACCCUAACAUUUAUGAGAAUGGAGAUGUGUGCAUUUCUAUUCUUCAUCCUCCUGUAGAUGACCCACAGAGUGGAGAACUGCCUUCUGAGAGGUGGAACCCUACUCAAAAUGUCAGGACUAUCUUGUUGAGUGUAAUCUCACUGCUUAAUGAGCCCAACACUUUCUCUCCAGCCAACGUGGAUGCUUCAGUUAUGUUCAGAAAAUGGAGGGACAGUAAAGGAAAAGAUAAAGAAUAUGCUGAAAUCAUUAGGAAGCAAGUUUUGGCUACUAAAGCUGAAGCAGAAAAGGAUGGAGUGAAGGUCCCCACUACACUGGCUGAAUAUUGCAUCAAAACUAAAGUGCCUUCCAAUGACAACAGUUCGGAUUUACUUUAUGACGACUUGUACGACGAUGACAUUGAUGAUGAAGAUGAGGAGGAAGAAGAUGCCGACUGUUAUGAUGAUGAUGAUUCUGGGAAUGAGGAGUCGUGACCUGCUCCCUCUGUGCCCCCUGUACUGCCCAGCCAUCUCAGGCCAAAGGGAGCAGCGGUAACUCAGCAGUCCAGUGGCAAAAACCAUACACAGGGGGUGGGGAAAACAAAUGUGUCUACUGCUGUCUCCUGUUGUGUGGAUCUCAGUUUGCUCCUUUUUAUGGACCUCUCACUGGAGAGGAAGUAACCCUCCACAGAAUGUCUGAAUUCUUGCAUUCUUUAUCCUUCCAUCACUGUAUUACGAUUCCUUUUUUAAAACAAAACCCAAAACUCCCUUCUCACUUCAUCUCUACAAAGUGUUCACAGAGAAACACGUUUGGUCUGUGUUUAGAUUCUUGAAGAAUUAAAUACAGUCUCUCAUCAAGACGUUUAAUGUAUUUAAAGCUGGGAACCCAUCAGAAGUUGGGUCUUUGGGAGUUCACAAGUGCUGCAUAUAUACUGGGUAGCAAAAGAAAAACCGGAAAACAAAACAAAAAACAACCCCACAAAACCUUUAAAAAAAAAAAAAAAAAAAAAAAAAAAAAAAGAAGCAAAUUUGCCAAGGUUCUAGCUGCUCCAUUUAUGACAUUAGUGUGUGCACAUUGCAUUUAACCUUGUGGUGGUGAAUUUUGUUUUCUCCUUUUUUUUAAGGUGUGAGGCAGAUGGUAUAAGCAACUGUGUGCUGAGCUUGAGGAAAUGUGUUACUGAAAGGCACAGUACUACUUUUCCGCCUCUCUGAAACAAUCUUAUAAUCUUAUUAUUGAGACCUCAGCUAUACUGGGGUAAAGAGAAAAAUCAGAUUUUUAAAAAAAUUGAUUGGGAUCUAAUGCCUGAAUAAAUAUUCAUACUUUACAUAGAACUGAGCACUUGGUUGCUAUUUAUUUUUUAAGGCAGGGGUUUUUUUUGUGGGAUUUUUUGGUGGUGAGAAGGAAGGGUCAAAAAAAAAAAAUCACUAUGCCAUUUGUGAAGAUGCUGCUGGGGGGAAAAGGAACUCCUGGGGACAAGCCCCACCAGGAGGGGAAAUAGCAACAGCUUUCAGUGGAUUUAGAACAAGUCCUUCCCCACAGGGAACAAUCUGAUGCUACCUGGUGGGUAUGUGUUUGGGUCUUUUAAAGUAGCCGGUUAUUAUUCAGCCAGUAUUAGUCCCAGGAGCAUGUCCAGUGUUCUGGUUUUGGUAUUUUCAUUAAGCUACUACACCCUAUAGUGAUACGUGUGGAUGUGAGUGAGUAGUGACCUGUUACUGCUUUCUUCAUUGAAUGUAACCUGAACUGAUACAUUUUGUUCUUGUUAAAUCUCCUUUGUUAUAGUAAAAGUCCUGCACUGAUGGUGGCCUGGCUAGAUAGUUCCAGAGGCAGAGGUGAAUAGCGUGCUCUGAGGGAGAGGGUGACCCUGGGAGGGAAGACCUUACUUAACUAACUGCAGGCAGUAGUCGAUAAGCCCUGUGGAGUCUGUGUCUGACUUGAAGCAUCAUUUAUAAUCGAGUUCCCUUCUCUCUUCUUUAGGGAAACUUGUGGGGGCAUUCCCUUGAUAAACUUUGUUCUGGAAAGCGCUGCUGUUGAUAUAUUCCAGGCCUAACUUGUAUCUGUCUUAAUUAAAUCAACAGAUGGGGUCCUGGCUGACCUUUGACAAUUAGGGAUUUCAGAAUUGGGGAGUUUAUGUCAGGGUAAAGGUGCAUAUUUUCCUUCUGUGGCAGGGGAAGUUAGAGCAGUGAAGAAAGACCCCCUAGAUUCGUUCAAGGUUUCACACACCAAGUGAAGGGAAUAAAGGGAGCACUGACCAGAGUCCUAUCUUGAAUGCAUGCGCUUCACUAGUUCUUUUACUUGGCACUACCCUUUUGUAAUGUUCUUCAGUAAGAAAAUCCUAGCUGCAUCCCAGGGAUCCUGUAGUGGCUAGGGAUUAAGAGGUUAUAAUGCACUCUUACUUCACUUCCCUUCCUUUCUGAUCUCAGGGUUUUCAUUAGCUCUUGAAUUUCUUGCUUUUUUGCCUUGCCCUGGGCUAUCCUGAAACCAGUGAGGUGCUGGUUCUAUCUCCUGGGGGAGUGGGUUGGGAACAAGUUCUUUUUAAAUAGAAAUUGAGGAGAAUUUGCUGGGCCCUGUGCCAGCACUUGCUGCUAGUCACCCCUCAUUAAACAUCCUUCUAAUGCCUGGGCUUUUUAACUCCCUUGUUAAUGACUUGAAGAUUUUAAGGGGCCCUUAAGUUAUCCUAACCUGUCCCAGUGACAUCCUCCAGUGCCCAGCAGCUGAGAGUCAAGUGUUGCUCAUUUUUGUUCUUUCUCACAGAUCCCCCUAGGGAUUGUGCAUCCCUUGCUGCUGGGAAAUCUCCUACAAGCCAGUCUUGGCUCCUUUUUAUUUCAGAGUUGCUGCUGAGCCCUGGCUGAGGCUGUAUCCAUCUUCAUAAUUUCUAUCAGCCUCUAUCGCAUGUUGACUCAGGGAGCCAAAGAUGGACGGAUGGUAGAGAACAUUAGGUGGAGCUUCUGGCUUAGCCUUUUGGUGUGUUAAAACUUACUGAGUGUGUAGCUAUUAUCUAAUAAGAUUGUGUUCAAGAAACACAUCUGGGGUGUAAUAGCUUUUAAAAAAAUUGUAGGCAUUCGUGACAGUCCGACUCUGUGAAGCCAGGUGUGUACAUCCCAGGGACUUCUGAGAACAUGUCUCAUGUAAACAGCGUUGGUGGCAGCCUAUGCUAUCUGUGGGGAAAUGGCCAAGGGUGGUUCAUGUUUCCUAUUUCCCUUUUGUGGAGGUUAAGGGGAGGUGAUUCAAGGGCCAGAGGUUCAGGCCAGAUCAUUGUGAUGAGUAACUAUGCCAAUGACUUGGUUUGAAAUAAGGAUGCUGCAUCUUUCAGGAUCUGCUUCCCUUUGUACUAUGAGAGACCUUAUUAUAGAUGAUCUCCAGUGACUUGUAUAUUCAGGCUUGGUGGUAGAAGAUGCAUUAUCAUGAUUCUUUUGUUGGUCCCCCUGUUUAUUUUAAACACUGCUUUAUUUUAAAAACAUUUCCAUUCUCUCCUUCCCCUCAACACCUUUCCCUCCCCUCCCCCCCAUCACUUCCUCUCUGUUACACCCAAGUGUGAUUUAUUUGUUUACUUGCUGGUUUCUGUUGUUUUGGAGACACACAAGCAAAGUAAGACUUAUAUAAAAAUAUCUUAGAAAUUGAGGGGAAAAAGUUUACCUUAACUAUAACAUUCUUGCUUUUCUUAUCCCAUCCUUUUCCCAUCCUGAUGAACAAGGUUUACAUUAUUAAAACAAGAUUCAGAUGCAACUUUCAACUGUUCUGAAACCAGCAGGAUGCAUUAGACUUAGUAAUUUUCAAAGCUAAAAUUCUAGAUGUUUUCCUUUUUUCUUCAGUAUUAUAAUUUACCAGAAAGGAUUAACUGAUGCAUUUUGUGUUGUCCUCCCCAUUAGUAGUUUAUUUUUGUCUUUUCUGCACAUCUGUCUACUAAUAAAAUGUGAAAUAAAAUAUAAUACCUGUAUUGUUACUUCCCCAUGGAAUGAUCCGCUUUUUUCCCUGGGUUAAAUUUUUUUGAAGUUUUCAGUAUCUCCAUUGUUUCCCUCGAGUCUGUGCACUCACCUGGGUAAAUGCUGUAAAGUUCCUUCCUGGAAUGUUGGUAUGUUACACUCACUUCCUAGAGAAACCAACCCUCUCACCUUGCAGCUAAGGGUGAGCCUAAGCAACAGACAUGUCUGCCUGGAAAAUCAUAUACUUCACAUUUCCAAGCUAUUUAGUUGGUAUUUCAAAGAAACAGUUCUGCUUUCUUUUCUACUACACUUCCCCUCUUUAUAGAUAUUAAAGCUUAUGGGCAU